ACAUAUGUGACGUAAAAAAACUGCCUAAAACAUGAACUUGAGCCUUGAACGCAUUCAGGUGACAAAUCUGUCAAAACUAAAAAAAAAUACUCCAAAUAAACUCAUUUCUCAAUUAAUUUUCAACAAAUAAGCCAAAAUGCUGAAAUCAAACACCGAAACUUGUGAUCUUCACAACGUAAUAUUACAGGAAUACAACAAACAGGAACACAACAAUUUGAAGAAAAAGCCUAAAAGAAUAUUGACCUUUUCGGAUGGAGUUCUUGAAGAAUAUUCAGAGGACGAAACCGAUGCAGGAACCGAAAAAGAAGAAGUAAUAGCUGUUAAUCCUAAAAAACUGCCUUGGUUGCCGUGGGCUUGGUACCAUACUACCUGGGCAAGUGGAAAAGUUUUAGAAGGUUGUGACUCAAUGGGGGAAUAUUUGGCUGAAUUUUUCGGAAUCACAACUCCAAAAUACCAGUUUGAAAUUGACGAAUAUUAUCGAAUUAAAGCUGCCGAGGAAGACAUGCUAAGAAAAGAAGACCUUGAAAUGGGGGGCUGGACCGAAAGCAACAAAAACAAUCUCAUUUCUAAAAAUGAGUCCUGAAAAUACUAGGCACCAAAACUCAGUGUAUAUUCGCACCGCUUCAGUAUAUAAACAAUUAAAUGUUAUUUGUGUAAAACACCAAAAGCAAUGAUCUAAGAAGGCUAUAUAUUUUUGUAAAAUCAUCCAGGUAAAACCGUCCUCUCGCUCCUGUUGCUUCGGACUGAUAAAUCUAUUCUAAAAGACCUCUCAACUAUAUUUUUUACCAUAAAUAUCUAUUUUUAUUGUACUCAAUUACAACGUUUCUGUAUAUUUCACCUAGCAAAUACGCAACAAGUUUCUUACUUUAAAGAACUUUUUGCAAAAGUCUAACUCGUGACUAAAUUUGUACAAUUUGUCGACGUAAGGCUAAUAAAAAGAAGAAAAAAAACAUCAGCUAAAA